AUGCGACAUUUGACCAACAUCUUCCGCCGACUAUACCGGAUUUUCGCACACGCUUGGUUCCAGCACCGGGGUGUUUUCUGGGAGGUUGAGGGUCACGACGGUCUCUAUGUCUUCUUCAAGACGGUUUGCGACCUGUUCCACCUGAUUCCCGAGGACAAUUAUACCAUUCCUCCGGAGGCAGAGGGCCCCGACGCAACUCAGCUGAAGGCAGAGUGGCCUACAGACGCUAAACGGUUGACUAUUCUUCGAAAGGAGGAUGAGAGCCCGUUUAGCAGUGAACUUGAUGGAGUAGAUUCUUCCCUCAGUACAGGCGCUACGACUCGUCGUCAUAAACAUAGCCCAUCCACCGGCUCGCGGGUUACCACAAUCGCUGAGAGCACAGAGGAUAACGACGAGGCGCCACGUGCUCCAGCGCCAUUGCGUGAGGUUACGAAGGAAAUACUUGAGCCACAUCCUCCAUCGAGUGUAGAGGACCGCCCCGCCAACGAGGAGCCUGCCCCUGAACCGAUGUCGAACCCUGUGGAAGAAGCGUCAGCCAGAGAAACUCCAGCUGAAGCAACGCCAGCCAUCGCUGAAGCGGCCCAGGAAAUUGCCGAGAAAACAGAGGAUACACCUGUGAAGACACACGAGGAACUGUCCGAGCCUCCUGAAGAGCCAACGGAGCAGCCCAAAGAGACGGAAUCUACUGAGCGAACUGAAGCAGCGGAAACCGCAGCAGAGCCAAAGGUCGAGGAAGAGGCAGAGCAGACAGAAGCGAAGGAGGAUGGAGAAGCAGAAAAAGAACCAGAGAAGCCCCUGGAGGGCCAGGAUGCAGAAGCUGCCCCAUUAUCCACAGAGGAUAGUCCCAGCGAGUCUCCCAAAGACCUGGCAGCCGAAGCCGCUGCCGAAGCCUGA